UCAGUCUCUCUCUCUUACAUAUAUUAUGGGAGGAUAAGUGAUCCUGGAGAUUCCAGGACAAAUAUUGCUCUGAUUCAGACCCAAAAGCAUUUGCUGUGUCUUUUCCUGAGCUGUGAUGGAUCAAAAGGGGUCUGACCAGGGGUUUUAGUUGAGUUUUUUUUAGGGCUGUAGCUCCUCAGAUGCUCACUAGCAGCUGUUGUGAAUGUUUAGGACUGCGCAUGUCUGGACUUCCCCAUUCGUCUGAUCACACAACUUUCUCUGGUUAAAGGGAAAAAAAGCUGUGAUCUUCAGCUUGUUUGGAAAUCACUGCCAAAAUGACUCUUCAGUGGACGGCUGUGGCUUUCUUCCUCUACGCAGAGAUAGCAGUCAACCUCAUCUUGUGUAUACCCUUCAUUUCUGCAAGGAGAUGGCGUUCUGUCUUCAACUUGAGAAUCUGGAAUUGGUUAUCUCCAUAUUGGAACAAGUGCUUCUUCACAAUGAUCAUGGUUCUGAUUGUUCUCUUCCUUGAUGCUGUCCGUGAGGUGCAGAAGUACUCUGGACCUGAGCCCAUGAAGGACGCCAAGGUGAACCCAAAUGUGUACGACCACGUCCACAUGAAGCUGUUCAGAUCCCAGAGGAACCUCUACAUAUCUGGCUUCUCUCUCUUCCUCUGGCUUAUAAUGCGGCGGAUUGUCACCUUGCUAAACCAGGUUGCUGUCACUUUGGAGGACAGUGCAGGUCUUCAGGUGCAGAUGGACAGUGCUGUCAUAGCAGCCAAGCAACACCAGGAGGACAACCUGACACUCAAACAGGCUCUCCUUGAUGAGGACAGAGCCAUGUCAGCAAAAAACCAGCAGCUGAAGCUGGAGGCUGAGAGGCUGGCAGGUCAAGUGAAGGUUGCAGAAGAAGCUGUGCGAAAGUCCCAGGCUGAAGUUGAGGCCAUGAAGAGGCAGGCUAAAGGUUUGGCACAGGAGUAUGACAGACUAUUGAGGGAACACCAUCAACUACAGAAUCCACAGAGCAGUGCAGACAAAAAGGAUCAGUAACCGACAGACAAAAGUCAUACUGUUAGUUCCAUGGAUAUCUUUUUCCAUCUUAGUACUCUAAAGAUGUAUAUGUAGUAUUUCAUGACUUAGUGGAAACAGAUGACUCUUUUUCAUUGAUUUUACCAAAGAGAAAAUAAAG